AUGGCCACCGAAUUACGCUUGCAUAGACCCCACGAAUCGGAUGGCCCACAACGUGAGAUUCGCUAUCGUCUUUGGUGGAAUCUGUUCAUCCUUGAGAAGAUGAUUUCUUGCGAAAUGGGUAGACCGGUGAUGCUUAGAGUAGAGGAGACUGAUACUCCCUAUCCUUCAACCUCGGAGGCAGAUGAGUUUGAAUUACCUCCUGCCAGAAUGAAACGACAGAAUUCGACUAACGUUCAUUGCGCUGGCAAAAUGCGUACACUCUCAGUCCUCGUGAUGUCUAUCCAACUCGCAGUCGUAAUGGAGAGACUUUCAAGGGAAGUGUAUGGGCUAAUGAGUAGAAGAGCAAUUCGUGAUGAUCGAAGUUUUGGUGAAGCAAAACGCUUAGAAAUAUGGUCCGCUUUUCAAGAAUGGGAGCGUAGCAUCGAAGCCUCCCCCUUGCGCUUGGAUUUAAGCAAUAACCUUACAUCCGUCUCUGGCGUCGUUACUAAUUAUGUUUCGAAGCAACCGGGUGGAGGUGACAAUGCGGAAUCGCAACGUCGCCUUAAGAUGUGUAUACACUGGCUUUCCGUUCUUGGAAAGAGUUGGAAGAGUGCUGGGGCUCGUCAACAGCUUUUGGUAGACCUAUCUGCAAUGCCGCAAGAUGUUAAUAUGACAACUCUAGCCAAUGCAGCCGCAGCUAUCGAUGCUCAGGAGUCGACGACCUCACAACUUCUAUCCGAGCAAGAAUCGAUAUAUGCACGACAUUCGACAGCAGAUGCCACGUCUGGCGUAACCAAACCCGUGGCACCAACAGAGGACUGGGAGUUUUUGAGAGGGUUUGGAGAUUCUUCUGAUGAAUUUUAUGUUCUAGAUGAGGAACUUCGAGUUCUGCUCGAAAGUGAUCAACAAUGGAAUCUCUAA